AUGCGGAAUUCAAUGCAAAUAAGUUUGACCACAAACAUCGGUUCGAUCGUUGUCAUUAAAUGUUCCUCUGUUUCAUUUCCUCGAUACCCAACCCACGGACCACAAUCAAAGCAAGUGGAGCUUCGUUUACACAGACGCUAUGCGACAUUGCGAUCACAGAGCGUCGGUCGGGUAAAUACCGUCCGUGAAUCGGACCGCGGUUCGGCUUACUCCUUGGACAAUACACAACCAGCUCAGUACACAGGUCCGAGUGGGACAGACCACGAAGGGAGUGAGGCUAGAUCCAAUGUGGAUUUACAGCAUAAACAGGCUCUAAAACAACGACCCCGAUGGAUGGUGCGGAAGGUGAAAAAACAGGCGGACCAAUUGAAUACAGAAAUGGAAUCGAACCCGGAACUGGAGAGACCAUUUCGCAGACUUAGGCAAGAGAUGGAAGAACGUCUGAAAUACGCGGAUGAAGAUGCACGAAUGGCCAUUGCUGAUUUGGAAUGGCAUUUUCUAAAAGAGAGGCAUGAAUUGAAACGAGACUAUUUGGAAGCUUUAGCCGAGUUCAAACAACGCCGUCUGAUGUCCCUUGGCCAGUUAAAAAAGUCCCGCAUCAAGGGUUAUUUUGAUAUUCGACGCAAAUGGCUCAUGGCCCAGCAUACGCGUGAGAUGGACUGCCGAAACCGGGCCCAACAGGAAUCGAUGAAACGUCUGGCUAUGGCUCAGGCAAUCGAGAGGCAAACCGCGUGUCGGUUAGCUCGAACCACAGCCAAAGGACAACGCAAGGUUUCCUCUGUGCUGAACAAUAUCCAUUCCCGAGAUGGUUCGUGGGAUCGAGAAACUUCGAAAGGACCAGGUAGUUCACAGACCACUUCGUCUCUGGAUGCACGACCAACCUCGGCAGAUAACACACUGAUUGAUAUGAUCUUUACCAAAACCGGUCGAUCCACACCAGACAAUCUGAGUGUGACGCAGCCGAACAAACCGCCGAUUGUUCCACCCUCACGACCGUAUACGUAUUACGAUGCGGCUACCGCCACUCGAUCGGCCAUAAAUCCAUUAUUGGACGGAGAUGAGAUUGAGAUCAAGACUACCCACUCCGCUCGGACAUUGACCAACUAUGAACGGGAGCCGGAAAACACGACCAGUAGUCUAUCGGUCGGUAGUUCAAAACGAGUUGGUACACGCCAGCCCAUUGGACGGCCUAAUUUCAAAUCAGGAUUACGUCAGGCGAAAUCGGUGACCAGUAUCCAUUCCGCGUUAGAUGCUUGUGAUCAAAUGCAACGGGUCGUGAUCAAUACACUGUCGAAGCAACAAGUGGACCAAUGGACCGAUAUGUUGAAUCAGGAACGUUCACUGACCGAAGCACUAAUGCUUGCACACACGGAACAGAAGAAAGCGCUUCUGGAGGAGGAAAUGUCCGCACUGAAACGAGCCCAGACCGAGCAAGAAUACCGGGCUGCUGAUUUGGCUGUGGUUCUUGAGGCCACUGAAAAGUUUGCAGAACGUGAAUUUGCCGAGGAGCGCAAUCGUAUGAUCGCCUAUUAUUAUGGAAGUGCGGAUGCCAUUCCACCGACAUCCUCGGUUCGCUUAGAUCCGACUGAAUCGGACUUGGCACACGAGUUCAGCACCCUACGCACGACCGAAAUGAUGGAUCUCAAUGCUCGUUCGGAACUGGAUCGUUCUUCAAUAGACUAUCCGACUAAUGAUCGCCAGGAUAAAUGUAUUGUGGUCAGCGAGAAAACCCAAUCCAUGAUGGCUAAUUCUGCUCCACCACCAAAAGAGCACGUGAUUAUAUGUCGCGAAGACCGGGCCCAAUGA